AUGUUAAAAUCUUCGCUGUAUGUUGAUGACUUGUAUUUUGGUGGAAAUAGUGUGAGCGAAGUUUUAAAUUUGUCAUCUGAUGCUGUAACUAUUCUGAAGGCAGGAGGUUUUAACUUGAGGAAAUUGAGGUCUAACAGCAAAGAGUUAGAAGAACUAUGGGUGCAGACGGGACUAAAGGAACGGGAGUCGGUUGAUGUUAGCCAAGUGAAAGUGUUGGGGUUAAACUGGAAUCCAGAGCAAGAUGAGUUGUCGUUGGAUCUAAAAGGGAUAUUUAAAGGAUUGAAAUCAUUGAAGAACAGUAAGAGGUGCGUUUUACAGACUGCAGCUAGUAUUUUUGAUCCGGUUGGGUUGAUUGCUCCGUUUGUUGUACGUAUUAAGUUAUUGUUGCAGGAAAUUUGGGAGAGAGCAAUUGAUUGGGAUGAAGAGUUGCCAGAAGACUUGCGGAAAAAAUGGGUGAAGUGGUGUGGAGAAACUGACAAAAUGAGUGAAAUAAAAAUUCCUAGGCAUUGUUUAGAAAGCUGUGUUGGUGAGAAGGCUGAAGUACACGUAUUUUGUGAUGCGUCAUUGAGGGCGUAUGGAGCUGUUGUAUAUUUCAGGUUUCGUGAUAAAUAUGGGAAGUAUAAGGUGUCUUUUGUGUUGUCAAAGAGUAGAGUAGCACCGCUAAAGAAAUUAACGUUACCUCGCUUAGAGUUGAUGGCUCUUGUGAUAGGUUCUAGAUUGGGAAGUUAUCUCAAGACAGUUUUCGGAGACAUGAUUCAAAAUAUUGUGUAUUGGAGUGACUCUUUGAUUGCGUUGUACUGGGUAAAGGGUUGUGCCAAGCGUUGGAAAAUGUUUGUAGCAAAUCGUGUUUUGGAGAUUCAGGAGAAGUCGAAUCCCAGCGACUGGAAAUUUUGCCCCUCGGAAAAAAAUCCAGCAGAUUUACUAACUAGAGGAAUUUCAAUGGAAGAUCUGUUGUUGAAUAAAUUGUGGAGGUUAGGACCAGAUUGGCUUCAGGAGAGUUGUGAAGGAUGGCCGGAGCAGGUGUUCAAAUCUGCAAGUUGUGACAAUGUAGAGGUUUUACGGGAGAAAAGAAGUGAAGUAACUAAUGUUAUGGUUGUUCAGGUGGAACUGGUCGAAAAUUUGUACAAUAGAAUUUCGGUUUGGAGUAAAUUGCAAAGAAUUGUUGCAUGGUGUCUUAGAUUUAUUAGAAAUGCUCGAGGAAUGAAAGUUAAUUCUUCAUUUCUUCAAGUUGAUGAGUUGCGAGAGGCGCAUGACCAAGUAAUUAAAGCAGUACAGAGAACUGUGUUUAGUACUGAGAUUGCAACUUUAGAGAAAGGGAAAGUUUUGAAGUCUGGAAAUUUGUCACAGUUAAAUCCCUUCAUUGACAGUGAAGGCCUACUUAGAGUUGGCGGACGUUUGAAAAAUGCAAAUUUGGCAGAGAGUGUAAAGCAUCCUCUUAUAUUGCCUAAGAAACAUCCUGUGACUGAAAUGGUCAUAAGAUACUACCAUAUAAUGUAUUUACAUGCAGAUUGUGCUGAUGACUAUUGUGUUCUAACACCUGGUCAUUUUCUCAUUGGCUCGGAGUUAAAGAGCGUACCUGAGCCUGAUGUUACCAAUGAGAAAAUUAGCAUUGGUGAAAGAUAUAAACUAACAUCACAAAUUUCACAAUCCUUCUGGAAAGCAUGGUCGAAGGACUAUUUAACGCAGUUGCAAGUGCGCAACAAAUGGAAAACCCCAUGCGUGGAUUUGUGCUGCAAUGACAUAGUGUUAAUCAAGGACGAGAAUUUGCCACCCCUCAAAUGGAGGAUGGCAAGAGUAACUGAAACUAUUGACAGCAGUGACAGCAGAGUACGUGCUGUAACUUUAAAAACAUCGACAGGUGAAUUGAGAAGACCAAUUCACAAAUUGGUUAAACUUCCUAUUGAACAUAAAUGA